GUGUGGGGGGGGGUUGUGUUGUUUUUUGUUUUUGUUUUUUUUAAAUGGGCCAUUUCUUCAUGUAGGAGAGUUGUUGAGCAGAUGGAGAUCCUUAUCUUCCCUGCACUAAUUUUUUUGUGGUCACACAUGGAGGUACACAGAGCUACACUUUCAGCAUUCACAGAUGUGAGGCCUGGAAAGCUAGUAGCUGCCGUUGUAGCCAUGCUAGGUGAUAUAACUGAGCAGUCUGGGUAAAGAAGCCUUGCCAGAGAAGUUAGUUCUCUGUGCGGGUUUUGGGUGGCUCAAAGCCACCUACAGUAUGGAUGCAUAGAUGAGCAAUGACUUGAAGGAAAAAGCAAGGCACCUUACCAGUAACGAGAGAUUCCUUGAGCUAUUGUCGACAAGUGCAUCUCCCCUUCUACAAAGUCCUUUUAAUAUUUUGAAUUAUGGUUUGAAUCCAGUGGAGCUGGGGCACUGAGGGAAAGGGAAAGCCCCAUCCCUUUAUACCAGCUUGUUUUUCAUGAAGGAGGCAUGUUGUGGGCAAGCCCUGACAGUUACUACUGGAGCAACGGAAGUCUUCAGCUUACGCGUUGAGGGGUUUGUAUCCCCACAGGGCAUAACAGAAUAUGGAGAAUAUGUGUUGGAGAGUCUCCAGUUACUGAUAAGUGACCUUUCUAACUUGGUAAUACUCUUGGUGUCUCGGUGGUGGCUGGUCUGAGAAAGCUGCACACAGUGGGUUAGUAGGAAAACAUUUCACAUAAACAUACUUACUCCCUUUUACCAGGAGACUUCCCUUUAUUUCAUUUAAAUCAUGUUUUUCUUCUACGUAUUCUGCUGCAAGCCAGCUGAUGGGUGUGUUUAAUUCUUCUUUUCUGCCUAGAGCACCAGACAGGUUUGACCUGCAUCCUUAACACUGACUACAACUGAGACAUUGACAGUGUUCCACUUCAAAAUCCUACAUGUCGUAUUUUAAGCACCCCUUUUUAACUAAUCGGGACUGAUUGAAAAAUCAAAUGUUCUGUGCUGAUUGUGGGCAAUACCUGCUGGACUCAAUUCAUGUAUGGUCAAUGCCUUUAGUUUAAGCCAUCAGAUCUCUGCUGCAGUACAGCACCUUUUUUGACUGUCUUUAUUCUUUUUUUUAGUUCUCUCUAAAUCUAAGCUCAAAAGAUACACAUCUUUAAAAAGAAGAGUUUUGAGGUAUCUGUUCCAGGAGGAUUUUUUUAUAACUUUUUAUUACUUAGAGUCCUUCUGCUCCUCUUCUGUGGAUUUCAUUCUUCCAUUUGCACAACUCUGCAGGCUUUUGCUGGUGCAGUUUGGAAAAAAUGAAAUUUUCUCCAGUUAAGACUUUUCUUUUCCUGCCCCUCCCACGCCGCCUUCCUGAAGCGUAGUCAUGUGUCCUCACUCGCUGAAGCUGUGGUGCCAUCAUGUGGCCAUCCGGGCAGGUACAGGUUUUAAUGUCUCAGAACACACAAAAAAAUCAUGACUUGUGUAAGUUCUUUUGGGAGUCCUGACAGCUUUGGUUUUGCUUUUUGUUUGUUCUUACCUGUAUAGAAGUGUCUUGGCUCUUUUCUGGGCACAAAACUGGGUUUAGUAUUGUUUAUGAGCAGGACAGUGUGGCAGAAUUUCUCCCCCCACCCGAAAUGAAGCAAGUUCCUAGUGGCUGCCUUCCUGCUCAUUGAGUUCAAGAUCUAGAGACUUAAGAGCUGGCAAGGAGUCUGAUCAUACUUCUAUAGCAAACAUUUUCAUGAUUGAGAAGCUCAUCUGCUGCCUAUGUUCAUAACCGUUUUGCAGGCACCCCUGCAGCCCCCACUCUGGUAGUAGCCCAGUGAUAGCGUGCAAAUCAGGAAUACGCUGCUGAAGGACUGUAGCUGUAACCUUCAAAAACCUUCUCAAAGCUGAAUGCAGUGCACCAAGGACCACGAUUUCCCCCACUGCAGCAGGAACAACGUAUUAUGUUCCAAGCUGAGCAAGCUACCACAAGACAGUCAUAUGGUAUCAGAGCAAGUGACUGCGCGGUCCAGGAUCCUAGUGGUGACAGUAGUGAGUGGUGGACAAUUAAGGGAAGAGCCUAAGAAAAAAAUACAAGAAUAAAGUGAUCCUUCCUUUAAUUUACUGCUGUUUCCUGCUGGCAGUUAAUGGACUUGACCUUAGAGCUUCCCCCAGUGACCGUGACCGUUACCAUUUUCAGACCAAUAGAUGUUGCCCACCACUGCAGGUCUUCAUCCCACCAGCUGAGCUGACAGACGUGCAGCUUUUCUUUUUUCAAGAGGAAAGGAAGAGCUGGAUGGCCACAUGUGGGUCUGUGUACCAGAUCACAGUUACUUAUGAAGACAGAGGUGGAAAGGAAUCAAAAACCCAGCGUAGAAACUUGCAAGACCCAUAAAACCAAGAUCGUGCAGGCAAUGCUUUUUCAGCAAAAUCCCUACAGUUGUGAUCUCAUGACGGAGCAGUUGCCCUGUGAGCGAUGUGCAAACAUCUAAAUGGGAAGCAAGAGGGGCUGGAGUCCAGGAGAGCGAGCAGGCGCAAACAGCAGGACCUGGCCUUGGGGCACAGACAGCAAGGAGAGCAGUCACCAGUGAAGACGCAUGGAAAAGGGGAUAGGACCUCAUUGAAUGCAACACCCCCCAUCUCCAAAUCAUCAUCAGGAUCAAUUAACUUAUAUCCAGCUGCUGUGACCAGAAUUAUCAGGAAAUCCUGGGUGUCGAGAAAUGAAGUCUUGUAUUUUGAUGAGAUCAUGGGGGACUGGCUGGCAGCCAGGCACAAGGCUCUCCGUGCAACUCGUCUGCACCGCCUAACUCGGCCCUGUGCUUCCUCCGGGGGAUUUCUCUUGCAUGUAUUUCUGUGCGCUGCAAAAAGAGGGUUAGGUUUUUCUUCUGCCCAGUAUUUUAGUUUGCACCACACUCCGGAAAAGCCAGUAACUUCUCUGCAAGACCUAUCGCAGUCUCUGAAUAUAAAUCUGUCUUUGUUGGGGUGUGUGUGUGAUUUGACUGAGCCGCAUGAUCAGAGUCAGGUGACAACGUUGGGCACAAAAACGGAGUGGAAUAAGCAGUGAGACCCAGGAGAUUAGCCGCUGAUCUUGCCUUUUGACAAGCUGUGCUGCUCCUCAGGGAAAAAUGAGUGCCUGGCCCCCUCUCCUGCGUUGGAGCUUAACCGCGGCGUGGCUGACAGGUAUCGCUUUAGGCCAGACAAGCACUACGCAGGUCCCUAUUGCCGUGACACCAGUGCCUCCCAGUGCAAUGGCCGCCCAGGUCCCUGUUGCCUCAACACCAGUGCCUCCCAGCACAACUGCUGCCUCGGCCUCUGCACCCCCAGUUUCUGCUGUGACGCUCUCGGCCGGAGCAGCGUCCACCACGCCAAACCUUGCCGCGUCCACGGGAGCACCGUCUGCUGACCCAGGCGUGGGAACGUCAGCUCCGGUUCUGUCCACCACCCCAGAGGCCACAGCGGUCGCUUCCAGAAGCGCGACCACCUCCCGCGCGCCCACCGCAGCGCCUGCCACCGCCCUGUCCUCCCCGCCGGCUGCGACGGCCUCUCCCGGCGUCCCCUCGGCAGCUCCGGUCCUCACCACCUCGGAGCCCUCGGGCUGCGGCAGGGUGAACGUGACAGCGUGCCAACAUUGUUCCCCAGGGACGUUUCCCGACGACGGCACCCCGAGCUGCUCGUGCUGCCCGCAGGGCUCCUGCGCGGGCCCCGCCGAGUGCGUCCCCUGCCCGGCGGGUCACUACCAGCCCCUGAGCGGCCAGCGGUCGUGUCUGCCCUGUCCGCAGGGGUAUUACGCCAGUUUUCGGAGGAGCACCACGUGCUCUCCCUGUCCGCCUGGCUCCUACGCCAACGAGUCCGGGGCUGCAGCCUGCAGCGCGUGCCAGAAAGGGUACUUCAGCUCGCAGCAGACUGCAGCUCUGUGCCUGCCUUGCCUGCCCGGAUCAUUUUGCAACACCACCAGCUGCACCACGUGUCUGGCUUGCCCUGGUGGGAAGGAGGCUCUUCGCGAGGCAUCCGAGGAGUGCACACCUUGCCUCCCAGGUAUGUUCAAAGGUCCCAAUGACAACAGAUGCAAGCUGUGCAAGGCAGGAGAAUACCAAUUGCAGCAGGGCAAGGAGAGCUGUGACCUGUGCCCAGAAAAUCACUACUGUCCCAGCCCAGAUGUGAACCCAGUCAAGUGCCCUGCUGAUGCAUUCUGCCCUGCUGGCAGCACCGAGCCUGAGUAUUGCAUGGAGGUGUUUCUUUACAAGUCAGGAGACUCUUGUCACCUGGCCCCUCUGACGAUCAUCCUCCUGGCCGCUUUCGCAGCAGGUGGGAUCCUUGUCCUCUUUCUGAUAAUUCUGAAGAGAAGGCAAGAAUAUAGGAAGAAAUCUUUGAAGUCUCUGCUGUUACCAAAAGGAUCAGGACAACACACAACGUAUGGUGUGAUGGAGCACACAGAACCAGUGUACGCUGGUUGGUAGCAAGCUGUGAAAUGUUAUCAGCAAGCUUUCUGUUCGUUUUUCUGUAUUGGCAAUAUGGAUGUGUGUAUAUGGGCAAAAUGUUAACCACAAUCAACCUAUUUCAACCUCUGUAGCUAAAAUAUUUAAUUAUACUAACCACACAUGCACAGAAAUGCAAAUAAAUCAUUUCACAAUCA